AUGGAGGGAGAGAAAAGAAAGAGGAGCAAAGUGAAGGAUGAAAAAGUGCCGUUUUACAAGCUUUUCUCGUUUGCUGACAGAAAGGACAUUGGCUUGAUGACCGUCGGGACCAUCUCCGCCGUGGCCAACGGCCUGACUCAGCCGCUUUUGACUCUAUUAUUUGGCCAGAUCGUCAACGCAUUUGGCUCUUUUGACAUUUUUAAAGAAGUCUCCAAGAUUGCAGUGAAGAUUCUUUACCUUGCGGCUUAUGCAUGUCUCUUCUCCUUCCUACAGGUCUCAUGCUGGGUGGUUACUGGAGAGCGUCAAUCCACCAGAAUUCGCAGUCUAUACCUUAAGACGAUAUUAAGACAAGACAUAGAAUUCUUCGACACCGAGACAAGCACAGGAGAAGUCAUCGGAAGAAUGUCUGGAGACACCGUUUUAAUUCAAGAUGCCAUGGGAGAAAAAGUCGGAAAAUUCCUACAGCUCAUGGCAACGUUCUUUGGUGGAUUCGUGGUGGCUUUUAUAAGAGGAUGGGAGCUCACUCUAAUUCUUCUGGUAUGCAUCCCUCUGAUCGUACCGUAG